GUUGACGUCGGUCCUGGAAAAUCGAUUUCCUCGCCGGUCUGAGGUUGUAGACAGGGGAGAGUGGAAGGUUUCCAUCCGCAAUACCCUGUGUCCUAUCCCCUCUCUCCUUCACCCUUGUUCUACGAAGAGGUGGGCCGAGGGGGAAAAGGAAAAAAAAAACAGGGCAUCGAUCGGCCCGCGGCACCACCGGGCUCAAAACAACCCCUCGAGGAAAGGACUCAAGCACCGUUGUUCAACCCUUGCCGACCACAUAGGCGCUGUCACGGGCGACUUCGAAGACCUCUGACGAGCCUGAGGACGUCGUAGUCGGACGGGACCGCGAGACCAGAAAGACGCAGGCCUCGCCGCCACCAAAGUGCGUCACCUGACCACCAGAGUCACACCCCCCCCCCCCUCUCCGUCGUAGUGCGCGAUGUGGGGCUCCGGGUUGUUUGGGUCCGCGCGGGAUUGAUUCACCUCCACCGGUGUUUAUUCUUCGGCGUCCACCCGCGUCGUAGCGAAACACACACACGUAUAAUAUAUAUCCCAGGGGAAGAAGAACGAAAACGAAAGGCGGAAUAAGAUAAGUCGACGUAAAAAAAAAAAAAAAGAAACAAAAGAAAGAAGAUCCGAACUUUCGUCAGUCGAGCUUCUGUUGUUCGUCGACUGGACUCAACCGGUUCGCGAAGAGUUUCUCGUACGUCGCGUCGAUAAGAGACGCGCGCCAUGUCGGAGAAGCUGUACUACUGGGGCGAGGAGAAGGCCGCGGCGGACGGCGACCCGGAGGAGACGUUCAUCGAGUUCUCCGCCAAGCCGCAGGCCGCCGGCUGCGGCGGCGGCGCGUCGAGCGCGCUUCCCGCCCCCCCGGCGCCGCCUCCGCCGCCCCCGGCGCUGGACGGCGAGGAGGCGGACGAGCGCGGCGGCUGGGACAACAAGCUGGACUUCCUGUUCUCGUGCAUCAGCGUGUCCGUGGGGCUGGGCAACGUGUGGCGCUUCCCCUACCUCUGCUACCGCAACGGCGGAGGUGCCUUCCUGGUCACCUACGGCAUCGCCAUGAUCUUCUGCGGAGUGCCCAUCUUCUUCCAGGAGGUGGCCAUCGGCCAGUACCUCGGCGCCGGCGGCAUGACCUUGGUGGGCCAGCUCUGCCCCAUUCUGCAAGGUGUAGGAUAUGCAACAAUGACAAUAGUGUUCUUCCUUGAUAUCUACUACUGCAUAAUUAUUGCAUGGACAAUAUUCUACUUAAUUGCCACGUUUGUCGUUCUGCCUGAUCUUCCGUGGCAGGACUGCGACAACUGGUGGAAUACGCCCAACUGCUAUACGACGGGCAUGAACGCCACCUUUGUCCACAACCACUCGUACCACACCACCACGCCAGUGGAAGAGUUCUGGGAGAAGAGAGUGCUCCAGAUAACUGAUGGCAUAGACAACCUCGGGGGAAUGCAAUGGGAGCUGUUGGGAUGCCUCACCAUUGGUUGGGGAAUGGUCUACCUGAUCAUAUGCAGAGGACUUCAUUCCAGUGGAAAGAUCAUCUGGUUCACGGCGCUGUUCCCGUACGCCGUGCUGCUGGUGCUGCUGGUACGCUCGGUGACGCUGACGGGCGCCGGCCAAGGGCUGCUCUACUACGUCACGCCGCGCUGGGGGGAGCUCCUCAAGGCCGAGCCGUGGAUCGACGGCGCCUCGCAGAUAUUCUUCGCCUACAGCAUCGGCACGGGCGCGCUGCCGGCGCUCGGCUCCUACAAUAAGUUCCACCACAACUGCUACAACGACGCUCUCAUCACGUGCGUGGUGAACACGCUGACGAGCCUGCUGGCCGGCUGCGUCACCUUCUCCAUCCUGGGCCACAUCGCGCUGGAGCAAGGCACCGACGUGGCGGACGUGGUGAAGAGCGGCCCGGGGCUGGUGUUCCUCACCUACCCGGAGGUGGUGCUCACCCUCCCGGGGGCGCCCGCCUGGUCCGCCAUAUUCUUCGUCAUGCUGGUGAUCCUGGGCAUAGACAGCGAGUUCUGCAUCGUGGAGUCGUUCGUGACGGGCAUGGUGGACUACUGGCCCGACGCGCUGCGACCUCACAGGAAGAAGUUCACCUUCGGCAUGUGUCUGCUGAUGCUGGUGCUGGGGAUACCCAUGGUCACCAAGGGCGGAGCCUUCGUGUUCCAGCUGAUGGACAACUACUCGGCCAGCGGCAUGUCGCUGCUGUGGGUGUGCUUCUUCCAGACCAUCACCAUCUCGUGGAUCUUCGGGGCCGCCAGGUUCUCCGAGUGCGUGCACCAGAUGAUGGGCAUCCGCCUGAACCGCUUCUGGCGCGUCUGCUGGGUGUUCCUGGCGCCCGCCGUCAUGGUGUCCAUCUUCCUGUUCUUCUGCGUGCGCUACGAACCGGUGAAGUACGGCCAGUCGUACGAGUACCCGUGGUGGGCCGAGGCGCUGGGCUUCGCGAUGAGCUUCUCGUCCAUGAUCUGGGUGCCGGCCUACGCCGUCUACUACGCCGUCUCCUCGCCGGACAGCCUCAAGCAGAACAUCAUCAACGGCUUCAAGCCCAACUUCAAGUCGCGCGUGAAGCCUCCCAAGGGCGACAAGACGGCGGUGAUCCCCAUGUCGGAGAGCAGCGCGAAGCUGCUGACCAAGAACAACAGCUUCCUGGUGCAGUGAGGGGCCCCCGGAACACCUCCCUGGCGAAGCUCCGUCUGACCGGAGGCGACGGCCCGCUGUUCGUCGAGCCCACCCGCCCCUGGUGUAGCGAGCACCAGCCAGCUGCACGCGUGCUGGCCUCCACGCACACAACAGCCGACCUCGCGGGAAUCUCAUUGACGUGAAUUUGCGAAACUUGUCGCUAGCAAUGAAACUUUCUUUUCCACACUGAUAAAAGUUUUUUUUGUACAGUUGCCAGACAGCUGUAAAACUACAAGGCACUGCUCUGUACCAAAUUACAAAUGAUACUCUUGUAUGUUGAUGUUAUUCUGGCUGGUACAGCCAUCUUGUUAUACGGUUCAGUGGCGGAUCCAGGAUUUUGGUUUGGGAGGGGCUUGACCCAGCUGAGGCUAGGCUUUAUCAAGGCAAACACUAAAACAAUAGUGGACCCAGAUGCUUUUGGAGGGGGCUUGAGCCCCUUAGCCCCCCCUCUGGAUCCGCUACUGCAUGUACCUAUUUAAUCAAAAAGUUUUAAACUUUUUUUUUAUGAAAAGCGGGUUAGUUUUGAACCAAGGGGAGCCACUAGGCUAAACUAUCAGGUAAGAGACGUGAAAAAAAAAAAUCUUCAUGAUUUGAAAGCAUGUUAUAAGCGUAUGGGAAGCUAUAGUACUAGUGAAAAUCAGAUUUGCCCCGCCCCAUUUGUGCUUUAGCACGAACUGCUACUGCUGCAAAAUGUUGCUACUGGCGGUCAACAUACGUUUAUACAAGAGUUUAUUUUGUGGCGUUAAAAGCAUUUCUCUUGUAAUUUUACAAGCAAAUGAUAUUACAACACACAUUGUUGUACUUUUACAAGGGCUGAUGAAAGUACAAACAAAUUCCUUGUAAUUUUACAACAUUUUUUUUUUAGAGUGCGCAGUGGCGCAUUUAGCACCAGCAUUCACCAACAAAGCAAUAUAUGUCAUCGACAAAAAAAAAGAGUUUCACAAGUCAAUGCUUUCGUGAAAUCCAGCGACAAUGAGAUCUCUAGUCUGCUUGUUGAAACUGAUAUGUCGCUUUAAAAUGCUGUCAUUCGCUGUUAUAUCUAUGUACUUAUAAGAAACUGUUUCUUGGUUUCAUUAUGCGAUAGAAAUAAUUAUGUACAUAGCAUAGAAAAACUAAUCCAUGCAUUGCUGUUUGUAAAAAAAAACUGACCUGAUUCGUUCAAACAGUGUUAGAUAGGGGCCUAAAUAUAACUGGGCAAUACCCAUAUUGUGCUUGUGAUCACUGCUGUGUCGUCGGUUUUUGCAAGAGAGCUAGAGUUAAGAAAGGAACUAUAAGAAAGUUUACGAAAACUUGUUAUUUGGUUGCAACACUGAUCACCAAUUAUGUUAAAAAUGUUGUUAAAAAAAAUUUAGGGGAACCGAAUGAGACAAUUCUGGACACACUCUUCAUGGAAAUAGAUUUUUGUAAUCUGAUGAGAAGAAAGUUUUUAAAGUUAAAUGAAUGCUGUUAGAAAAUCUUACAAAUAUUACACAAAUGUAAGAUUGUCUUUGCUUGCUCAAGGACACAUCUAAGAAACAUAUUCCUGAAUCCUAUUUUUCUUAUGCGAUAAAAAUUCUAGCUACUAAAGGCACAUUGCAAAGACACACAGCAUUUAUGCACAAGAGAUAUUUGACAAACAUGGAGCCACGAUUAUUUUACGGAUUCAUUUAAUUUCAGGCUAUAUCCAUCUUGCCUUUAAACAAUCAAAACUUUUUAAAGUGCUAAUUUGUCGAUAACAAGGUCACACCCAUUGUAAAAAAGAGUAAUUCUAAACUGAUGUAGGUGGCAGCUAUAUCUCCAGUGAUUUACUGUAUUUUCACCUCACAUGUGUAAGUGUAUUUUAACUUACACCGGUAUUUAUAAAGACACAGUUUUACACAUCACUGACAGGUAAUUUAACUAUUUAGCAUUCAAAAUCACAUACACACUGUAUGGGUAAUUUUACGCAGUUUUGCUAUUCAAAUGUAAAUUUACACAUAUCAUACAUUGUCUAUGUAAAUAUACAGUGCAUGUCUGUGUAAAAUUGUGUAAAAUAACACCCUUUUUGUCCGUGAAAAAUUACACUACUCUAUGUAUUUUUAUCAUUCAUUAGAUAGAAAUAUAAGUAAACUUUACACUUUGUAUGACAACAUGGAAGGUUCUACAGUUCGUACUACGUGUCGCUAGUGCAGCUUUAUGUUGAUACUAUUUUUAUUAAAUCCCAAGUGCAGUGGGGCGGGCUCAAACCAUGAUCGAAGAUGCUCAUCUCUUGUUAUGAAAACGACAUUCACCAUUUGGCCACAUUAUAAGUUCGAAGUUACGGAAUUAAAUGAGCUAUAUACACUAAGAAUAUUUGUUUAAAGUAUAGAUAGAUACCUCAGAAGCCACCUGGGAGUCAUUGAAUGCUUUUUUUUUUUUAAUAAAGUUUGUUCCACUCGCAACAUUUUAAUUUACAAAAUCGGCUGCCAGGAACGCUUGAUUUAACUCCAGCUAUUACAUCUUAUGUCAGAUGAAUUAAUUGUUUAUUAGGUUCAAGGUUACUUUACUCUAAUAAUGAAGGAGAUAUUCAUCACUCACUAAUGACUAGUUUUACACGAUCAAAAGGUAAAGUAGCAAUUACGCUGCAACUGUAUUUUUACUGAAGGUCUGUGUGAAAAUAUUUUAUUACUUUUAUAUAUAUUUACUAAAUUUAAACUUCACACCUACAUUUUUGUAAAAACACAAAAUUCGAAUUUUUUCUGAAGUUGUGAUUUGUAGUAUAUUUUACAGUCUUGGCUACAUAUAAUAUUACACAUAAUUAAUUUUCAUAACUUACCUCUUCUUACAUCUACCUAAAAAUACACCUGUACUUAGAAGGUGUAUAGUGUAUACACACUAGGAUAUAAGUGAGCAAAUUAACACUUGUUGAUAGUGUUUUUAAAUGUAUAAUGCUUGUGUAAAACUAUACAAACCACGUGAGUGUAUUAUAAUCACAACACAAAGUGUUAUUUCAAUUCAUGUUGGUGUACUUAAAAAGGACAUUGUGGGUGUAAAAUUAUAAAAAGUAUUGUUAAUUUACACGGAAAUUGUGUAUUUUUACACCAGUGUUGAGUUUUUAGAAUAUAAAGCCCUAUUUCAUAUAAAAUUAUACAACAUAGUGGUCAAUUACAUAGUGAAUGUGAAAAAGUACAUAAACUGGGUUUUUAUGAAUUACACUUCGAAAAAUGUAAACAUAUGCUAGCACUAAACGUGUUCAUUUACACUUCUUUUACAGUUUCCUUUGGCAGGUUACGUGGGGUUGGGUAGCCACUUUUUCUCCAUGUUUAUAAUUGGCUCAGGGUCGUUAAAGGUGUGUCCAGAGCACUGUAGUCCAAUCAUCAACUUUAAGCAGAAACAUGUCUGUAUGUGCUUCAAGUCUACUUUGCUACCCAGUGAAUCCGUGAAAUAUUCGUCGCUCUAGAAGUACAUUAUCUUGCAUUUACAAGAAGUCUUAAAUUACGAUGGCUGGUUGGGUCUUCAUAGUUGACAGUGCCAUUUUGGUCAAUGCUUCGGGUCAGCCACUUAUUUUAGUUAGACGGCUUCAUAAAUAUAGCACGCAUGCUGGAUGCUAAACAGUUUUGUAGAGGUCCCGAAUUUGACUAGUUAGAGUAUGAUUCGUGGUACCGUCAACUGUCAGCCUGUCAUAAUGUAAGUACUUGAAGCAUUUAAUAACGACUAAAAAAAUAAUUCUAGUUCCUCUCCCUUUGCUAAUCUUGCAACAUACAUUUGCCACUCAACACAGCAGCAGAGCGUUUACUGUUACAAAUGAAGUUUCAGAGUCCUUUAGGGUGAAAUUUAUCCUCGCAUGUAUAUUUACUGGUUUGAAAAUCCUAGAUAUUUGUUUUCUGGUGUGAUAAAAAAAUAUUGUAUCUAUUCUAUUUAUUUACAUUUCAGUUCUAAGGAUUCUGUGAAUAGGUUUUUACUUUUUUUUCUUCUAUCAUAAAGACUCAAGAAAAAUGUUGGAAAAAUGUGUUUUACUGACCACUUUGGAAAGAAAAAAUGUUUUGUAACCGUGUUAAAUGUUAACAAUAUUUUAAUGUGCAAUUCUCGUAAUUUCUGAAAAAUUAUACUGAGCGGUAAUUAACUGCUAAGAUAUAUAUUUAGUAAGUUGAUAUCAUACAUGUUAAAUAUUCAAAACUUUAAUACAAGGGAGUUAUUUAAUUUGAAUUUCUAACUGGCUUCUUUUUUUUUACAUUCUCAAAAACAUAAUAUGUAAAUAAUUAACCCAUUGAAAUUAAUGACAAUAUUUUGUGCUUAAUAAGAUUGGUGCCAAACAGUAUCCUAGGGUAACAAAAUGUGUAUUUCUGAUGUUAUUUCGUGUUUUAACUAUAAGUGUGAAAGAAACUGUUAUUUAAAUUCUAUGCUUCGUUUUCAGAAAAGAAUGUAAAUUAAAUUUAAUUAAUAAGGAGAGUUUAACAUUUUACGAGCUGCAUCUUUAGACUAGUUCACAAAAUUUGUUAUGACCUUAUACGUACUACAUUUUAUUACUUUGUGUUGUCAUUCUCUGAAAACAAACAUAUCUGAGCUAGCUUAGCAGAAUGUUGCAGAGUGUUUAUUAUGCAUCACGGAAAACAAAUGUUACACUAAGAAAGGACGAAUGCAUCAUGUUAGUAAGUUUAUUACUUUAAUUUUCAAGUGGCAUUGCUCAUUGUAUGUAGCCCCCAUAUCAAAGUUAAUACUUUCCCUCAUUAAGCUACCACGUGUUCCUGCUACAAGUUAGGCAUCAUUGCAGUUACAGUUCAUCUCCAACACUCAAUACUGAUGGUGUUAGUCACCACAAGCACAUUUCUUCCAUACGCGUCGCGAGCAGUCCAUUAUUUCACAAACGUAAAAUAGAGAAUAAAACGUAUAUUUAGUCAACUGCAAGGGCUGUUAGGCCCAGUAGCAACGAGAGAGUUUGUCCCUAUGACCUGUGAACAACACCUUGCAUACAGAAGAGUGGCGAAGGUCACAUGUGCUCAUUGGACUUCAACACGGCUCCGACUGUAUUCAUACGAGAUAACAUUCCAGAGGCAAGGUCUGUUUCCGAGUUAAAACACGCUGUUUGAUAGUUUGUAGACGUAACAACUGGCUUGUCUUUGAGUGAGGACCGAGUUUACUAAAUAAAAUAAAAUAUUCAACAACUCCACUUUCAAUACCAAAAACCAUCAAAACUUAAUCUGUUAUUAUUUUGAUGGCAUUUUGUAGGUUUUGGUCUUUUGAACACAAUUUUUAAUCGUAAUAUACAUUUGUUGUGCUCCAUGUUAGUCUAUAAAAAUGUGUAUUUUAAGGAAUUGGAAAUUAAGAGUGCCAUUUAUAAAAUCUCAAAUACUAUUUUUGACAACGAAGCGAAAUGGAACGUUAGUUGCAUAAAUAUAAAUAUGCAGUAUUAAGAUGUAGCAGUAUUAGAUUUAGGUUUUAGGAAUUACGUAAUAAGUAUUUUCGCAGGUCCUACUAAAGUCUUAUUAAAUCAAUGAUUAGUUGAAUUUAUCAUAGUUUGGAUGAAUAAGUACCUAUUAUUCUAAGGCAGAAGCACCAAUAUGUAUACAUUUCCAUUAAUUGACCAUCUUGGUAACUCAGCUCAUUAAUUUAUAUAUUACUAUUUGAAAAAAGAAAAGCAAGCAAAUGUUUAUUAAAAGAAAGCAUACCAGAUAGUUUUAUAGGCAUUAUUUAGAAAUAAUUUCUGAAAUGUUUCUGUAUGGUAAGUAAUGUUAAGUAAAUGAAAUAUAAUUUAAGUACUGUACAAUUAAUUAUAAACCUUUUGUACUGAAAAUUUUUGUGUUUGUAACAAUUCAACCAAUAAAUCAUAUGGCUUAAAA